UUUUUGUGACUUGAUUCCAUACAUGUACUACAAAAUACUUGUUUAACAAAUACACUAAAUAUUGGUGUCACAGGAACUUUUGUUGUUGAGUAUAUAUAGCUGAUGAUAGUCUAUAACCAAGAGAUAGAUAAGAUGUUUAGCUCAACCGUCGUCAACUUGUGUGGUCUUCAGUGUGACCAGCAAAUGCUUUAACCACGAGUCUACGUUACCCCACUGCCCCAACAUCAAGCGUAACUUAGGUACUGAUGAAAGCAGUAUUAAACUCAACUCUCUCCGGCUUAAUGAGACAUGUGUCUUUCAAUGUAUCGUUUCUACAAAUGUCAUUACGCCUUAGGUCAAGUUUAAACGAACCUGUAUUUCAGAAUUGUUUGAAUACAAGUUGACCUGAUUUGAAGUAAUUUUGUUUCCAUCAAACCUACAGUGCAUGCCUGCAGUCUGCACUUACACUUGUACAAAGCAGAUGUGACGUUCAACGACAUCCAUAUCGCUACUGAAGUGUGGUGUGACUCCAUGUUGUCAAUAGUUCCAUUGUACAGUUUGCACUUAAGAUAGGCAGCUGGUGAAGAAAGGUUUAUUGUUUUUCAAUAGUAUUCAUUAUGACGAGGCGCUCAGUUUGAGAGAGGCCAUGAAGUUUCUACGGAUAUUCCUUGUUAUAUUAUUGUUUCUCACAGCCGGACUGCUGUCUAUUUACUAUCUUAGUGUUGGCCAUGUUCCCUUGAUGAAAACAGUUGUGACGGGAAACUGGAUAUCUAACAUUCUGUAUGGUAAUGAUAGUGCCUUUGUUACGAAUGCCGACGUACGAGGUAACGGUGAACUUAUUGGCAGGGAGGGCGGUAACAGAAGUGUCGAUGACAAAAACGGUACUGACAGUUCCAUUAAAGAUGUAACCGGAGCCUACAGUCCCACUAGAGAGGUCACUGGUGAUGACAGUCCCGCUGGUGAUGAAAGGCUGAAACAGGUCCCGAGGACAGCCAACUCUGCCACGGGAACUGUGACAAAUGCGGACGGAAUUGAUGCUCGAAAUGCUAGGGAUGACCCUAUUCCCCACCCGGAGGAUGUCAAUGUGGUUCUCCGACACGUGUUUCAUGGAAAUGAAGGCCAAGGUCAAGGGGGAGUCGCAGUUAGUCAAGGGAGGCUGUCUAAGGCUCAACUCGAGCGCUCACGCCAUGGCCAGCAUACUCACAGAUUUAACGAAUAUGUCAGCGACCUGAUCUCGGUAGACAGGGAACUCCCUGAUUACAGACUAACAGAGUGCCAGGACAAGGACUAUGGGGACAAGCUACCUGAUACUAGUGUCAUCAUUUGCUUCUACAACGAGGCGUGGUCAGCCCUUCUGCGCAGUGUACACUCGGUCAAUAAUACGUCCCCACCCGGACUUCUGAGGGAAAUAAUUCUAGUCGACGAUUAUUCUAAUUUGGAUGACUUGAAGAAACCUCUCGAUGUGUAUAUGAGACGCUUUCCUAAAGUGAAAAUCAUUAGAAACAUAAAGCGAGAGGGUUUGAUCAGGUCUCGUCUCGCCGGAGUGGCCAUUGCUAAAGGAAAAACGCUCACCUUCUUAGAUUCUCAUAUAGAAUGUACAAAAGGAUGGUUACCCCCCUUGAUGGCUAGAAUCAAAGAUUCCACCCACAACGUUGUCGUUCCCACGAUUGACAUAAUCCACUGGGCGAGUUUUCUCGUUAUUCACCAAAAUCUUAGCAACAUUCGAGUAGGUGGCUUUAACUGGGACCUGACCUUCACGUGGGACAUUCCGCCCAUAGAUGCCCUGAACAACAGAAAGUCUCUCAUCGAUCCUAUACCUUCCCCGACAAUGAUCGGGGGGCUAUUUUCUAUAGACCGGAACUACUUUUACGACAUUGGCUCCUAUGACAAGGGAAUGGACUUGUGGGGCGGAGAAAACCUAGAUCUUUCAUUUCGGAUCUGGCGGUGUGGGGGGCGUCUGGAACAGGUGCCAUGCUCUGCUGUAGCCCAUUUGUUUAGGCUGAGCAUGCCCUACAAAGACACCAGUAAGAGUCGUGUGAGAAACAGGAUCAGAUUGGCCAAAGUGUGGCUUGAUGACUAUGCUCAGUAUUAUCUGGAGAGACUGAAAACGCAAAUGGAUGUAGGAGACUUAGGGGAGAGGCUGCAACUUCGCAAGAGACUUCAUUGUAAGAGUUUUGACUGGUAUAUGAAGAACAUCUACGCACGUGGUUUGAAUCCAAAAUAUGCCAUUAAAAGAGGAAUGUUAAAAAUAGACCUUUUCCUAAAGAAAGGUUGUGUAGAAGGCCGUGUGCUGACCCUGUCGAAAUGCCAGUUUAGAGCAAAUCGGAUUUGGUACCACAUGAAGUCAGGCCAGAUCAGGCAGGGGCUAAUAUGUAUUGAUGUUUCAAAGGGCAAGAAGCCCCGUCUAGCUCCCUGCAACAACAACACAACCCAGAUAUUUCAGUACAGAGAGGACCGGUCAUUGCAACACGUGUCGACCAAUACCUGCCUUUCUUUCAUAAUGAAACAUGGAAUUCAGUUAUCCAACUGCACCGGACUACCAAAUCAAAAGUGGACAUGGAAAAUGGAUAAAGGAGGCGAAAAUAAUAGGUGAUGCCAAAGAAUGAAAGAAAAGUUUGAAGGGAGAAAGUUUCAAAUACAUUAUUGUUUCAUU